CGCAGUGUUUACUUUGGUAUUUCGCCGAACCACGGUCACUCUUGGCCAAUCUUGUGCAACUCCGAAUUAAAUAAAUAGCCGAGAUUUAUUGUAUUGUUUUUACGAAAUAAGAGAAUAAAAUGCAUCUGACGCUAAUUAACCUGUUUAAGAAGACCGUGCCGGGUCACAUAUUCCGUGGCAAGCGGCGCCUGGUAAAGCCGGUCAGCCAGCGGGCGAUGGACACGCUGACCCGAGAGUACGAGCGCCAGGAGCAGGUGAUGCUGCUCCUCCGGCAUCCCUAUCUGACCCUGGAACAGUCCGCCGGACACGCAAAGGAGCUGCAGAAGCGCGAGAAACUGGUGGCCAAGUGGACGGACGAGCAGACGCUGCGUAAGAUGAAGCCGCACGUGACCAUCGAGGAACGGCUGAACCAGCUGAAGAUCAAGGAAGCUUGGGACUAGCUUCUGCUCCGCUCGUUGAACCCGCGUUACUUGUUAAAUAAAUAUAGAUUUUAUAUAAAUUAUGUAAUGUCCACUGGAUAAGUGCAUGUCAGCCCGUCACUUGGUGAACACCCUGAUUUAGAUUGUCUCUAUCUUUUCAUUAGCUUAAGUAUUCUCCAUGAAAGCCUUUACAUACAUUUUGAUUCAGAUUUUCUAUAUCUUUCGCUAUAAUCUGUAAAGAUUGACUUUUAAGCCUCGUCACUUAGUGGUCGCCCUGAUUCAUCUGAGUAUCUUGGUAUACUUCAAACUUUCUACUUGCAUUAAUCAGAAUAUAUAUUCUUCAACACCAGA